ACGAGUGCAUUCAGUUUGAAAUGAGCAGCGCAAGCAGCGACACUGACUAUGAGGAUCAGAGUAACUUGUCGACUAACAGACUCUUCAUAACAAGGCAGGGUGGUAGCAGGGGAGUAUCAGUUCUGGGCAGUAAGUGGACACGCGUGGUCGGUCACUAUGUCGUUCUUCGUAGAUUCAGUGAUUAUGUUCACCUCCCAGGUGCUGUUUUUUGGCUUUGGUUGGCUUUUCUUUAUGCGUCAGCUGUUUAAAGACUAUGAGGUGCGUCAGUAUGUGGUGCAGGUGGUUUUCUCCAUCACGUUCGCGUUCUCCUGCACCAUGUUCGAGCUCAUUAUCUUCGAGAUCCUCGGCACACUGAGCACUGCAUCUAGAUACUUUCACUGGAAACUGAACUUGUACGUCAUACUACUGGUCCUGAUCUUCGUGGUACCCUUCUACAUCGGCUACUUUGUUGUCAGUAAUAUACGCUUGUUGCAGAGACAGAGGCUGCUGUUUGCGUGCGUGGUUUGGUUCACCUUCAUGUAUUUCUUCUGGAAGCUGGGAGAUCCCUUCCCCAUACUGAGCCCAAAGCACGGCAUCCUCUCCAUAGAGCAACUCAUCAGCCGCGUGGGGGUCAUCGGGGUCACGCUGAUGGCUCUGCUGUCUGGUUUUGGUGCUGUCAACUGCCCUUACACGUACAUGUCGUAUUUCCUGAGGAACGUGACGGACAGUGACAUCCUGGCCCUGGAGAGGAGGCUGCAGCAGACCAUGGACAUGAUCGUCAGUAAGAAGAAGAGGAUUGCCAUGACCAGGAGACAGAUGUAUCAGCGUGGCGAGGACCAGAGCAAGCAGACGGGAUUCUGGGGCAUAAUAAAGAGUGUCACCUCCUCCCCUUCAGCCAGCGAGAACCUGUCCCUGAUCCAGCAGGAAGUGGAUGCACUGGAGGAGCUGAGCCGGCAGCUCUUCCUGGAGACCGUGGACCUGCAGGCUACCAAGGAGCGGAUAGAGUACUCAAAGACUUUUCAGGGGAAAUACUUCAACGUUUUGGGAUACUUCUUCUCCAUUUAUUGUGUGUGGAAGAUAUUCAUGGCCACAAUCAACAUAGUGUUUGACCGAGUGGGGAAGACUGAUCCUGUGACCAGGGGGAUAGAGAUCACCGUCAACUACCUGGGAAUUCAGUUUGAUGUAAAGUUCUGGUCUCAGCACAUAUCCUUCAUCCUGGUGGGAAUCAUUAUUGUCACUUCCAUUAGAGGCCUUUUAAUUACGCUCACUAAGUUCUUCUACGCCAUCUCCAGUAGCAAGUCCUCCAACGUCAUCGUUCUGGUGCUGGCCCAGAUCAUGGGCAUGUACUUCGUCUCGUCCGUUCUCCUCAUACGAAUGAGCAUGCCGCUGGAGUACCGCACCAUCGUUACUGAGGUCCUGGGCGAGCUGCAGUUCAACUUCUACCAUCGCUGGUUCGACGUGAUCUUCCUCGUCAGCGCCCUCUCCAGCAUCCUCUUCCUCUACCUGGCACACAAGCAGGCUCCUGAGAAGCAUAUGACGCCAUGAUCCCGGGAACGCUGGCCCCGUCCCAGUGAGGUCGGCCACUGCGUCCCCGCUCGGCCGCCUUUCAAAACCUUAAUUUCUAUGGGACUUUUUAUUUGUGUUUGGGAAUGAAUGAUUUGGGUUUUUUGUUCUACACUGGACCACUUCAGGACUCAGUAGGACGCCGCUUUACUGUUAGUAUUGUGUUUUACAACAACCUUUACAUCAGUGCCGUUUUUGAAUUCGUAAAAUAAGAAACAUUCGGGCCGACACCAAACCCGCUGACGCUCGCGUGGAAGGUCAGAUGAACGCAGCGACUCCAGAAUGCAGAAAGUCAAAGACUGAGCAGGCAGCUUGGUUUCGUACUCAGUUUAUUGGCCUUUUUAAUCUGAGUGAACGCUCAGGUCCUCCGGACCAGAGUCUGCGCCUGUGUUAGCCAGCUGGGGUUUGACACUGAAAUCUGAAUGUCAGCUGAAUUGGAAAAAAAAUGUUAACUAUAAAAGGGAAGAUAGUAUAACUAAUUACCAAGAGCAUUACUGUGCAAAAAGCAUAAGGGUGCCUACGAAGGGUAUCGGUGUAGUUUACAAAUUCAUAACGCAGCUCUUCAUCACACCAGGCUGCUGUCAUCAUCGCAAGGGAUGGGGAGACGCCAGGGACGCUGUCUAGAUGUGUGCGUUUUGUUUAAGAUGUUCAACGUCUGGUGUGAACGUAUGAGUGAUAUCGCUCUCCACGAGGGAGAGGCCUACAGAGACUUGAAUAAAUAACUUUUUAAUUA